CCUCUGUGCGCGCCCCCGCCGCUGACAGUCCGCCCGCGGCUCUCACGUGCUUUGUGUGUAUAAAAGGGUCCGGUGUGUCAUCAUGUCCACGGUGUCACCGGACAAACGGAGGAAGAUGGAGUCUGCUCUCAACCAGCUGAAGAAGCACACGGUGGUGGUGGCGGACACCGGAGACUUUAACGCCAUCGAUGAGUACAAACCUCAGGACGCCACCACCAACCCGUCUCUGAUCCUGGCUGCUGCUAAGAUGCCGGCGUACCAACAUCUGGUGGAUCAGGCCAUCAAAUACGGCAUCUCUAAGGGCGGGACCGAUGAGGAGCAGGUGGCCAACACCAUGGACAAGCUGUUCGUCAGCUUCGGCCUGGAGAUCCUGAAGAAGGUUCCAGGUCGAGUCUCCACCGAGGUGGACGCCAGAUUGUCUUUCGAUAAAGACGAGAUGGUGGCUAAAGCCCUGAAGCUCAUCUCCCUCUACGAAGAAGCAGGAAUCGGCAAAGAGCGAGUUCUCAUCAAGCUAUCGUCGACGUGGGAGGGAAUCCAGGCCGGCAAGGAGCUGGAGGAGAAGCACGGCGUUCACUGCAACAUGACGCUGCUGUUCUCGUUCGCUCAGGCCGUGGCCUGUGCCGAGGCCAAGGUGACGCUCAUAUCGCCGUUCGUGGGACGAAUCCUCGACUGGUACAAAGAAAACACAGACCAGAAGAGCUACGAGCCUCACGAAGACCCAGGCGUAGUGAGUGUGACUAAGAUCUUUAACUACUAUAAGAAGUUUGGCUACAGCACGGUGGUGAUGGGCGCCUCCUUCAGGAACACCGGGGAGGUGAAGGCUCUGGCCGGCUGUGACCUCCUCACCAUCUCUCCUGGUCUGCUGGCCGAGCUGAGCCAGGACCACAGCACCGUCAGCCAGAUGCUCAGUGUGGACAAAGCCAAGUCCUGUGAUCUGGAGAAGAUCCACCUGGACGAGAAGGACUUCCGCUGGCAGCACAACGAGGACCGCAUGGCUGUGGAGAAGCUGUCUGACGGCAUCCGCAAGUUUGCUGCUGACGCCAUCAAACUGGAGACCGUGAUCCAGGAGAAGAUGAACGUGAAGAACGGCCAGUAACCAGAAACCAGUAACAAGUAACCAAUAACCAGUAACCAGUAAUGGACAGAUGCUGAUGUUUUGGACCAAACUGCUCUGAUGGAUGUUUGUUUCUGACCAAAUGUAAAAAUAAAUCUCCAUCUGGUUGUAAUAAAAUCUCUGAUAUUUAUAGAAUCUGACCAGAAUCUCAGUAAAACAUCACUGACUCUUUUUACUACUUCCUGUUAUCAUUCCUCCAGAUGUUACAUCUUUAAUAAAGAAAGAGCUCCUCACAGCA